AUGUCUGCCGAAGCAGCCCUGACUGCCAGCGCCGCGCAGUCCAUUGCGCCCUCGCUCUUCCCCCCUCGCAAGACGCCCACUCCCGCCCAGAUCGCGCGCGCCAUCGAAGCCUGCCUCGCAGUCCAGCGCCGCGCCGUGUCCUUUGGCAAGCGGCCCUUCGCCGCCGUGCUCCUCGGACCCGACAACGAGACCGUCCUGUUGACGCACCAGAGCGUCGACCAGGUUAAUCACGCUGAGAGUUCGCUGGCGCGCCUCGCGUACCUGCAAUACCCUAAGGAGUUCCUGUGGACGUGCACGUUGGUCAGUACGUGGGAACCAUGCGCUAUGUGUUCUGCGACGAUUUAUUGGGCGCAUAUCGGGAGGGUCAUCUACGCGGCGACUAAUGAACAGUUGGCGCGGCUGACGGGGCCGGGGAAUAAAGAGAACUUCACGAUGAAGUGGCAUACAAGGGAUGUGCUGGAGGGUCAGCAGAAGGAUAUCGAGAUUAUUGGGCCGGUAGAGGGGAUGGACAGGGUAGUGGUGGAGGAGAGUGACGUAUAUUGGAAGGGGACAAGGAAGGUUUAA